GCCAUGCACACUGUGACAGUGGUGUUUCUUCAACGCUUUUGUAACCAAGGAGGUUGAAAAGUCUGUCAACAGCGAGUGAGACAUGAAUGGAGGCUGUUCAAGCGAUGUGAGAACAGACACAGGAGUUCCCGAUGAGCGGAUAAAGAUAGCUGUGAUAGGAUGUGGUCUUCUGGGCACAAGAAUCGCAGGUGAACUGUGCCUGUGUGGUUGUGCUGUAUCCCUGUAUGACAGUGACAACACUGCCCUGAGUACAGCUGUGUCCAGGAUCCAUCAGGACUGGGAACACCUCAGGACACAGGGACUCCUUCUCAACCAACAUCCUCAGGCUAAUAACCUGAUCUGUGCCAGUAGUCUAGAGGCAGCUGUGGAAGGGGCCCAGUUUGUAUUGGAGGCUGUUGUUGAGGACCUCCAAGUCAAAAGUGACCUCAUGAGAAGAAUAUCUAGCACAUGUUCCCAGACUGCUGUCCUGGGUACCAACACUCUCACCCUGGACAUCACUGCCAUUUCAGAACAUGUGCUGCACAAACAGAGACUUAUAGGUAUACGAUUCCUGUACCCAGUGUACACCAUUCCAGAAGUAGAGGUGACUAUGGGUGGCAACACAGAUGCACAGGUUCUACAGAGAGUUGGUCGGCUGAUAGAACACUUGGGUAAGGUGUUGUUUGUGAGGACUGGUGACCCCCUCAUCCUCACACCACAGCAGGUUCAGUCCAGGCAGAUCGCAUGGAAGGAGAAGGUUCAGGCACAGCAGAGAGACAGGGGACCAGGAUCACAUGGAGGAUUAAAUGCUUCUAGUCAUGCAGUAGUUAGCAUGCUACAACAUGUACACUCAGCAACUAACUAUAGGACUGAAACAGAGGACAACAGACAUACAGAUUCCUCGCCGAGGGGCAAUGAAUGCAUCAUCUGUACAGAGCGGGAGAGGAACUGCCUGUUGAGUCCCUGUAACCACCUGUGCUGCUGCAUGGAGUGUGCCAAGUCCCUGACAAACAGGCACCAGAACUGCCCCAUGUGUCGGACACCUAUUGCUGAGGUCCUGAGGGUCUUCAGUGCGUAGGGUUUGUCUAAUGUUAGCUCAUUAACUUUGCUACUUAAUGAUCAUUCCAUUUUACACAUUAUAUAGUAUGUAUAUGAUAACGUGAUAACCAUUACAAGAAUGCUAUGACUUGUAAAAAAGUUAAAGGUUAUGGUAGUCCCAUAGCCUUUUCUGAGGCAGUAACGAGUAAGGACAGUGAGUUAUUAUCCAUUGUCUUAGGGCACAAUAUUGGAAGACAGAGCCCAACAUUCUCUUUCCACCAACUUUUACCUCCUCAACCAAACUCAGGUACCCAUUUGUACACCUAGAUAGAGUGAGGAACGUCCCAAGGGCACAAUAUUGGCAGUGGAGGAUUUGAACCUAGGACCUCUGAGUUCUGGGACAAACAUCCUGAUCUUUACGCCAACAAAACACUAACAUAACUGCUUAGACUUGUGUCACAUACAAUAUGGAUUGCUGGGACAUACAUGUAUGUCUGUAACAGUUACUGAGAUAUCAAGGGCUAUAGAUUCCAAAGUAACAAGAGGGGCAAGAUUGUAUUCCUUGUACCAUAUAACCUCAUCUCAUGUUGUGUCAAUUGCUCUGUGCAAUGCUCUGUGCAAUAGUAGACACUCGAAAGUAAGGCUCUCUGUCUGAGACGAAUGAACUACAAACAUUAUUGUACAGGUUUUGGUCCAGGAGUGAUAUUAUGUUAAGUAUAUUAUAUUAUAUGUGUGUGUGUAUGUAUAAAGAAAAUGUAAAAAUAACUUCAAUGUAUGUUUGUGUUGUCCUAGUAAUAUUCAUCAUGCAGUUCAUGGUGAAACAUUUUCCCAUCAUGGACCUACAUGUACAUGUACUAAUAGCAUGUGCAUGACUGUAUAUUUGUGUGAUCAUGAUGUUACUGCAUGUGUUUGCUAGCAUUGGUGCCAUCUUCCAUAGUGACCGCUGGUUCGAUCUUUUCCUUUGCUAAUACCCCCCUCACAUUAGGCAAAAAUUGAUCAG